UAUGUUAUAGAGAUGAAUGUUCUUAUCGAUAGUAUCGAUAGCUAAGAGCUGCUGCAAUUAAAUCGCGAAAUAUUGUGAGCUGCUCAAGAAUUAGAGCCCAAUUGAAAGUUAAUUAACAUGAGUAGAGACGCAAACGACGCUUCAUUCAAAACAUUAUAUUCCAAGCAUGACACUAAAUUAAAAGUAAACGGAAAAAAUCAAAAAUAAAAUAAAUUCAUCGCACACCAAUCAGCUUUAUAGAGCUAAGAAGUACAGAGUAAAGUAAAAGAGACAGAGCCAGAGGAGAAAUUAAACUUGGCGAUGGUUUAGCUAGUCGCUGUAACUACUAGUUGGCUUAAUCGGGAAGCAAACCAUGAAGGCCAUCAAGAUUAAAUUAAAAUAUGGCCUUAAUACAAAUCCCAAAACUAAGUCAAUAUCGGGGACCAGCAGACAGAGUAGCAGCAAGGGCAGCGUUACCAAUUACCAUGUCAGAAAGACCGCCACCGGCAACGAGCCAGGAACGGCUAAGAGGCCAACCCAAGCGGAGACCCACAGAAAAGAGUCGCAGCGCGUAACACGCACGAGCAGGGCCGUCACGUUCAAUACGGAUGUGCGCACUGGCAACGUCAUCAAGGACAAGUGGAAGCUGCCCACACAGCGCACCGAGCCCGCUAGCGGGCUGAGGGGCUGCAAUGCGGCACACGAAGGUCAGCAGCUGGUGAACGAAGUGCUGCGCGUGCCCGUGGACAUGCUAUUCGAUAUGCUCUUCUCCGGCACGUCGAAGUUCGUGGAGCGUCUGCACGCCAAGCGCAACUCGACGGAUUUAAGGCUCGGCAUUUGGAAGGUCAAUCGGGAUGGGCUGCUGACGCGAGAGCUGCAGGUGACGGUGCAGCUGCAGGCGAGCGUGGGCCCCAAAUGUGCCAGGGUUACCGAAUACUACACCCAGCGCAGUUGCUGCAAGCCCGGAUUUCUGUAUUCGAUUGAUGUGAAGAGCGUCAAUGCGGGCAUACCCUACGAGGAUGCGUUCUACGUAGCCAUACACUACUGUAUGCUGCGCACGGCGGACAACAAUACGGAGCUGAAGGUGUUCGCCGAGGUGAAGUUUGUCAAGUCCACCUGGGCGGUGAUACAAAUGUUCAUACAAAAACAUGCAUAUGAGGGAUUGCAUGAGUAUUUUAGUGAUCUGCUGCAGGAGCUGUUGAUCGAGAUAGCUUCGCCACAGCGGCAGGACAUUUUAAAUACUGAUCGCAGUCUACGCAUUUGCAAAUAAAGAACAUUACUAUUGACAUACUAUGUGGCAUAACUUGCCUGGUUGGAAAGUGGAUGCAGUGCAACCUCAUCCUCAUUGUCCAAGAGAUCCUUGCUAAGCU